UGCAGACAAGGUCAUGGGGUGGCUGAGGAGACUGGUGCUCUCCAUGUGCAUGCUUCUUAUUUUGCUUCAUGGCGUGGAGCCGGCUGUACCCCUGGAGGAGUUCUACCCAUUUGGCCUGGAUGAGGGUGACUCCCAGACCAUCAAGCAAGAUGAUGGAGGAUCAGGACUGGUAGCGAUCUCUGUGGCUUUCCCUUUCUUCGGAGAACGGCACACUGGACUCUAUGUCAACAACAAUGGCCUGGUGUCUUUCCUGAGGGAGGUGUCUCAGUUCACCCCUGUGGCAUUCCCCAUUGCUGGAGACCGCAGGGUGGUGGCUCCGUUCUGGGCAGAUGUAGACAACCGACGGGCAGGAAAAGUUUUUUAUCGAGAGAGCAAAGAUCCUGCCAUCCUGAGAAGAGCCACUGCAGACAUUAAUCAUUACUUUCCUGAGUUCCCUAUGUUUGUCACUACAUGGGUGCUGAUUGCUACCUGGCAUCAAGUCACGUUUUUUGGUGGCAGCUCAAUAACUCCGGUCAAUACAUUUCAAGUAGUUCUCAUCACAGAUGGUGAGCUCUCCUUCACCAUCUUCCAGUACCACAAUAUUUCUUGGACAACAGGGAUGCAUGCUACCAGCGGUGGUGACCUAGCAGGCUUGGGAGGCAUAGCUGCACAGGCAGGUUUUAAUGCUGGCGAUGGGAGGCGCUAUUUCAAUAUCCCUGGCUCUCGGACAGAUGAUAUUGUUGAAGUUGAAACCACCACAAAUGUGGGCUAUCCUGGUCGUUGGGUCUUUCGUAUUGAUGAUUCUCAGGUGCAAGUGGGCAGCUGCAAUGACUCAGCUUCGGUCUGUGCUAACUUAAGGCCUUGUCAAAAUGGUGGCCGCUGCAUUGAUGACUGCAUCACUGGAAAUCCCUCUUUCACUUGCUCGUGUUUGGCUGGCUUUACUGGACGCAGGUGCCAGAUAGAGGUUGAUGAGUGCUCUUCAUAUCCCUGUCAGAAUGGAGGCACAUGUGUGGACAAGAUCAACCACUUCAUCUGCCUAUGUCCAGUGGGAUUCAUAGGGACAACAUGUGAGACAGACAUAGAUGAGUGCCAAGAGACCCCAUGCCUCAAUGGAGCACAGUGCAUACAGGGUGUCGGCAACUUCACCUGUGUAUGCCAAGCAGGUUACACUGGGUUCCUAUGCGAGUCAGAUAUCAAUGAAUGUGCAUCCAUGCCAUGUUUGAAUGGAGGUGUGUGUGAAGACCUGGUGAAUAACUACACCUGCACCUGUACAACAAACUUCACUGGAAGCCACUGUGAGACAGUUUCCUGCGAUGGAGAGAAUUGUGAAAAGCGUCAAAUCUGCGAGUAUAUUGGCUCUGGAAACUACAACUGCACCUGCACCCCAGGUUACUACGGUGACGACUGUGAAGAGGAGUGUCCCUGUCAGAACGGAGGGGUUUGUGUUGAUGUGAAUGGCACCUGUGAAUGUCCAACAGGCUUCACUGGACUCUACUGUCAGUUUGAGGUAACACAAACACCCUGUAGUAACAACCGCCCGUGUCCAGAUGGAGGUCCAUGCUUAGAGUAUGGCGGCACAUACCUCUGCACCUGCCAAACUGGUGUUGACUUUGAUCACAAGGACUUCUACCCAUAUGUACAGCCCCGAUCAGCCUGCGAUUCCUCACCGUGUCAGAAUGGAGGCUAUUGCUAUGAGAGAGAUGGAGGCUAUAUUUGUGAGUGCAAGCAUGGCUACAGAGGCAAGCAUUGCGAAAGAGUCAGAUUAAGUAUCUGUGCCUCUAGUCCCUGUCGUAAUGGAGGCUCUUGUAAAGAAGAAGCUGACAGCUACCGAUGUGUCUGUCCCUACCAUUUCAAAGGGAAACACUGUGAAGUGGGAAAGCCAGAUCCUUGUGCUUCCAGUCCCUGCCUGAAUGGCGGAACAUGUUUCCACUACAUUGGUAAAUACAAAUGUGAGUGCUCCCCAUCCUUCAUAGGAAGACACUGCGAGAUCAACAGAGGAUCCAAUUCGACUUUGGAGGGUCUGGACUGUGGCCCCCCUGUGAAAGUCAAGCACGCAGAGGUGCAGUAUUCCUCCACUACCCCGGGCUCGAUGGCUCUGUAUUCAUGCCACCCAGGCUACACACCCCUUCCCAGGGCCACCCAGAGCAUCUGCAGCAGCCAGGGGUCCUGGAGCCAGCCUCCAGUCUGUGAAGAGAUAAACGAGUGUUUGUCUCAGCCAUGUAUGAAUGGGGGAACUUGUCGUGAUAGGGUAGCCUCCUACCUGUGUGAAUGUGAAGAUGGUUUUAGUGGUCAGCGCUGUCAAACAGAUAUUGAUGAAUGCCUUUCCGAGCCAUGUAAGCACGGAGGUACAUGUGAGGAUCAGCCUGGUUCUUACUUCUGCCACUGCCAGCAGGGCUAUGCCGGGCAGGACUGUGAGAUAGAACAGGAUGGAUGUGAGCCAAAUCCUUGCUUGAAUGGAGGUGUAUGCCGAGGCUACAGGAGGAACCACCUGUGUGUGUGUAAAGAGGGUUAUGUUGGAGACCGCUGCCAGACAUUGGAGAACCCAUGUGUACUGCAGCCGUGCGGGAACCGAGGCGUCUGUUGGAGUGAUAGAAGGGGGAACUACAGCUGUGCCUGCAGGGUGGGCCACACAGGGAGAGACUGUGAGAGAGACCUGUUGCCUCCAUCUGGCCUGCAUGUGUUGCGGGUAGAAGAAAAUGAAGUCGAGUUACGCUGGGAUCAGUCAGAUGCCACUCAGAAUUUAAUCAGCGGCUUUGCUGUUGCCUUUGCUCCUAUUGGUCGAGGACCAAGGAAGACAGACUUCCUGGAGAAGCAGCAUUCUACCUAUGUACUACAGGGCCUGAACCCCGGACAGCUUUACAACAUCUCCACGUUCUCCGUCAAACGCAACACCAACAGCAACGACAUAAGCCAGCCAGCUUUCGCUCUCAUCCGCACUAGGCCACGUAAGGUGGAACAGCUGGAGGUAGUGAAUGUGUCGUCCUCUCAGGUAUGGCUGCGGUGGCUGGUGCAUGUUGGACGCCAUGCAGCGAUCAGUCAGGUUCGGGUGUCUCUGGUGCCUGCAGAUGGUAGCGGACCUCGCACAGCCGUGCUCAAUAGCAGCGUCACAGAGUACUCCUUCAGCACAUUGCUCCCAGGUCAGAUGUACACAGUAGAUGUAGUCACACAGAGUGGUUUACGCCCUGAAGACCUGCCAUCAAGUAGCAAAUCUGCUGGGCCACUGCACUUCUGGACCAGACCACUUCCACCUCAGAACCUUUCACUCUCCCACAUCACCACCACAGCUGCUCGAAUCACAUGGGACCAUCAUCCUCGGAAUCUUCCAGACGGGUUUGUGAUCAAUAUUACUCGCGGCCUGAGCACCCGUAGUCGCUACCUACCUGAUGGAAGUUUAGGGACUUAUACACUACGAGACCUCACUCCAGGACAACAUUACCGACUUGCCCUCACUGCUGUGCGCAAAACGGGCCAAGACAACAUUCAGAGCGUCCCUCAACACCUAGCCUUCACCACACUACCAGUUCCAAAGGGCCAAAGCAGAGGUGACAGACCUAAGGGAGGACAGGACUCCCAGACAGGACAGACCUUGACACAAGUUCAAGAUGGAGGCACAGAUGACCACACAGAACUCCUUGAAGAGCCACAAAGAUAUACAGAGCUAAUUGACGGAAGAGGGAGAAUUACAGCUAAAUUUACCAACCUUCCACAAAAAACCGUCAGACACCGCACAAAGCCUGAACCUCCAAUCAAAUUAGAAAAGAUGGAAGAAACCACCAAUAAGAUAAGUCUAGCUCUGGAAAUUCCUGAAGAAGCGACAAAGAGUAAAUCUGAGUCAUCCCAAGACUGCAGGACUCAGCCCUGCCAGAAUGGUGGAACAUGUGCGCAGAUCAACGAGUCGUUCAGCUGCAACUGUGCUGCUGGUUUCAAGGGCAGACGGUGUGAGCUAUAUUGUCAGCGAGUACCUCACCCAUGUACUCGCCUUUACUCCGAAACAAAGAGUGUGCCUGUGUGGGAGGAUGGUGUCUGCCAUUAUUUGUACAAAAGGACAUAUAAAGUUCAGCAGGAUGUUUGUUUUAGAGAGAUCUGUGAGCCUUUGCUGCCUAAGAAAGUACUGCCUAAGACUCCAAACAGAAGAACUCAAAAACAACAACAAUAGUGGAGGCUGAACCAAUGACAACUUUGGGGAGUAACUGCUUCUCUCAGUCUUAGUUUAAAUGAGGAUGCAUUACCGUCAUUGUUCACCCUUUCUUGCAGCACUGGUCACCUUUCAUUGGCUACAUUGUCCUAUGGACGUAUGUUUGUUCAUUUACAGCUCCAGGGCCGUAUUCGUGAAAAUUCUUAGUAGCUCUUAGU